GAUAUAGAAGGCUGUUACCGGAAAUAUAACAGUCAGCGCAGACCGUGUAACCAGACUCGCAAAAUAGAAUAUUUGCUUUGAAACCGUUUUCCCUUCAAUUUGGUGUAUUCACUCUGCGAUAGAGGAGUUUGAAUGUCCUUUUGAACAUGUACCGCCCAGGUAAACCUACACACCGGCCGCCGCCGUUCGGACCUCCAACACCCCAUGGACCACCUUUCAGACACGGAGGGUCCUGUAGUGGUCAUCCUCCUGGACACAUGCCGUCUGCACGUUGCGGACCAUUUUCGCAUUCAGCACUGGAUGACCAUUUUCUCCACAACAGGCCACCAAGAGGUCAUUUCAUAAAUCCCCACUGUAGCAGCUUCUCCAUAGACCGUAGUACAGUGAUUGCUCCGGGAGGCAGCCAGCAGUUCGUCCCUCCUGCACAUCCACCGCACAUUCAGGUCCCAAAGUGGAAUCCCACUCCUGUGGAACAUCAUCAUCUUCCAGACAGCAGUGACCAAGCCGGUGAGGAAUUCCUGAGAUGCAUUGCAACCAACAAGCCUUUCCCAGACUAUCUCAAAGGGAACAUGGCAUACAACCUGGCUGAUGCAUUUCAGUCAGCAAUUGUCCUUAAAGAAGCAGUAAAAUUAAACCCUGAGUUCCAGAAGCAUGCAACCGGGAGCAAAAGCCGUAGUCGAAGCCGCUGCAAAUCUCGAGCCAAGAGCCGUGCAAGAAGCAAAAGCAGAGAACCCAGCCGAAGCAGAGGAAGGAGCAAAAGCUGUGCUCGUGGAAAGAGCAGGGCGAGAAGCACGAGCAGGGCAAGAAGUAAGAGCAGGGCAAGAAGCACGAGCAGGGCAAGAAGUAAGAGUAGGGCAAGAAGUAAGAGCAGGGCGAGAAGCAAGAGCAGGCCUCGCAGUAGAAGUCUGAGCCAGAACCGAAGCAAGUCGAAGAGUCAUAUACGGAGCAAGAGCCGGGUCAGGAGGUCCAAGUCACGAAGUAGCAGUGUUGAAAAGAGCCAUGGCAAAAAGAGAAAGAGGAGCCCCAGCCACAGCUUCAGCAGCAGUCUUAAUCAGACAGGGAAUAGUCUGUUAGAAGGACUGAAGCUGGUCAUGAACAGCAAAGAAGUGGGAGAGCGGUUGCCCACCCUCAAAGAUGCCAUCUUCACUAUUCAGGCCUUGGAUGAAAGCAAAGAAGUGGAGUGUGUGACUAAUGCGCACAGACAUCAGCAACAUGACAGUAAUGACAAUUCAACAUCAUUGGAAAAUGACAGUAUGCUCCUUCCCCAUGACAGAGUAGGCAGUGACUUCUCUUGGCUCCAGGCACAAAGUCAGGAGGAUGAAGAGUCGUUCUUGUAUGGGAGUGAAGACAAUGGCAGAAAACUAACCAAUACAUCCUCUACCAUAGCACCACAGGAAGUAGAUAGUUCAGGGAGACAACAUUAUCAUCAGAACAAGUCCAUUUUCAGUAACUUUGAGGAUCUGCUUAAUCUGAAACAACCCAUUCAAAUGACUUCCUCAACUGCCGCUGCAAAUCUGGACAGCAGUGAGUGUGAGAAGAUCAAAAACAUAUUAAGAAAUCUGGACACAGCAGACGUCAGCGACAUCAUGCGUAAGAUUCAGGGGCAAAAGGAGGCGAAGCAGCGGUCGCCUGCACUUCCCUGUUCAGAGCGAACAGCAGCAGGCUUAACGUUGCCAGCACUGAGUAACCCCGAUGUACGGCAAGCUCUGGAGUCUUUACAGUCACUGAUUAAAGCAACAAAAGAGAAACGUGAAAAAAGUGAUGGCAGCGGCGCAUCUCAGUCAUCCUGUGAUAAUCACAAGGCAGGUGAUGAUGAGAAACAAGCCCGAAUUAAAAGAAUGGAAUCCUUGAUGAAAGAACUGGAAGGAUUGUUGAAACAGGAUGGUUUGAGUUUUCUGACACCAGUAAUUGGGUUUUACUGCCAGGAAUGUGAGGAGUUCAUUGCAGAUUUGAAAAGUGCUGAAAACCAUGCAGCUAUCCACCGCCAGAGUAACUCUAGCAGUCAGAAAGUGCAGAUAGACAAGCAUGCUGAAGACAGCAAGGGACACGAGGGCCAUUUGAGCAACAGCACUCUGUCUCCACAGCCUUCAGGCAGCAGAGAUCACAGGACCUACGAUUUCAUUAGAGAGUCAGGAGAUCACAGGAAUCCCCGACACUACCAACAACACUGGAGGGAAGAAAGAGAUCUUGAAAGCAAAAAUCACAACGAGUGCAGAAGCCAGGGGGACAGGAAGGAAGACCUCUCCUUGAAAGAGGAGAAAAUGAGGGAGAGGAUGCUCAUAACUGUCUCCCAUGGACAGACCCCUCCUUCAAACGUCAGGGUCAAGGAGAAGGUAGACAAGGAGCAGAUCAUUGGAAGCCAUAGCAAAAUCAAAGUGGAGGACACAGACGGCAAGGAAAAAUCAUCCAAGGGAGAGAAAAAAAGCAAAGUAAAAGAUGAAAGCAGUGAUAGUAGUGAUGAUGACAAAGUAAAAACACCGAAAGAAAAAUCACCCAAAAAGAAAAAGAAGAAGAAGGAGAAGAAGAAGAAGAAAAAGAAGGAGAAGGAGAAGAAGGAGAAGUCCUAAUUGUUGUAUUAUGCUUGACUGAGAUGAAGUGAUGUUGAUGCUUGUUGCUCCCCAAGUGUUCUCAUUACACUGUUGUGGUUAUAUUUAAUUGGUAUGAUCAGAAGAGGGAGGGAGGCCUCAGUGAGUGAUUCAUCAUUAUGUUUAAAGGGGCAGGCUGACAUGUGAGUAAGUGCACUUCUUUGCCAUCAACAAUGGUCAAAAGUGAAGAUUAAUAUGAAUUGUAUCCUUGUGUCUAGUUCAGAGAUGGUUCUUGCCUGGAGUUAGCAUGUUUGGUUAGAAGCAGGGGGAGGUUUGAGUUCUUGUAGGAGUCGGUUCCCACUGCUGCGCUCUACUGGACGCACAGAAUGAUAGAUUUCUGGCUGUGCAUUUUCCAAAAUGUCAACAUGCUUUUGCUAAGUGGCUUCCAACAGAUGUAUACAUGACGAUGGAUACGUUGGUGUAAUCCCUCACAUCCUGGUUACAUCUUUUAAGUCUAUGUUUGAAUCUUCUUUUGUACAUUCAUCUUUCUCAAUACCAUUGCUACUGUGUGCAUAUUUUCCUACAGCAUUGUAGUGUUAGAAAUGUGAUGUGUAUUUUGCAGUUGUGCGUCAUUUGUUUUUCUUCUUUUUUUACUUUUCUUCAUUUUUAUCUGAAAUAUAAGAUGACACACGUCUGUGUCCUGUGGUGACCUUUUAUAAUAAAGAGUUAGGUUUACAAUUUCAGUUUUAAAAGUGAAAUGUUGUAAUUGAGUGAUCUGGUGGAUGCUUUAUCUCUUGGCAGUGCAUUGGUCAUAAUCAAUUACCAAAAAGGGGAAAUUGUAUAGGUUGGCAGAGUCCUUGACGGGUAGUGUUAUAGAAAGUAAUGCAGAAUUUCUUACAUCAUACGUUUAUUAUUAAAACUACGUUGUGGUGGCAAAUGUAAUUGCUGCCUGUAUUCUAAAUUCCUACAUUUCCCUCGGGAUUAAUAAAGUAUCUAUCUGUUCAGAGGAAUCGUUUUUCCAGUUAAAGAAGUGUUACAGUUAUGUACCUCACAGGCGUUGCCGUGUAAGUUCAGGACUCUGACACCACAGAGGAAGUGCUUCCAGAGGCCCGUCUGACAGCAAAAGCACUGGUUAAGGUUAAUAAGUGGUAGUUUCAGUUCAAAUGUUAACAAGCACAUCAUUUCUCAUGCUUGUGCAACU